CGUUCUGUACUCUCAUUUGAAAGGUACACUGAAACACAUGACUCGCGUGGCAUAAUUGGUGAACUGAGUUUGACGUGUUCUUAUUUAUCUCGCUCCAACAAAUCAUUUCAUACAUUCUUCGGCCACUGUUCUUAGAGACCCUUUUCUCUUUCAGUUGACUCAAUCUGAUAACGCAACACGAACCUUUACAUAAUAGUGGGUUUUGUUUAAACUUUCUGUUAGAUAUCUCACUUCAAUUUUUGUUCUUCUUGUACUUUUACUUGCGUUCAUAAUAUUAUUUUGGUCCAACCAAACUUCUUAAGUUGUGAUUGUGAGCCCGAUUAGCUACUUUAAUCUUUCAUUCAUAGCAAGUCGUAACUAAUUUUACUUAGUAACGAAAUUCAACCUAAUUUUACUAUGUACCUGCGCCAAAUUUCACUAGUUUUAGUGCUGCUACAAGCUGGAUUUUUAAUACAGUCAGUUGUAAGUCAGGACCAUUUUAACAGAGAUGGUGGAAAGAAGUUUUGCCUGUAUGCCCCUAACAACAACCAAAUUGCAAGCUACCAAAAAAGCUGUAAAAACUGCAAACUGUUCACUAAACCACUGAGAGCCAUUUCGAAGUGCUGCACGGAGCAUCCCAUUGGUAAUGACAGAGUUAGGUGUCUGGAUGAAAUACGCGUGAAAGAACUGGAAGUGGAGAAACUAUUCCUUAAAUGGAAAGAGCCUGCUAGCAGAGAUGCACAGUACCUGAGACACAUGGAAAAAUGUGCAUCCAAUUUUGAAAACGCUUUUGAGAAGUUAAACUGUCAGCAGGACCACAAAGACCCAGUCGAAGCGUACUUCGAAAAGUGCGCAAAAAGCAAGACCUCGCCCGAAUGCACUGAAGGAUUUGUACGAAAAGUGAAAUGGGACGCACUGGACUCGCUCUGUGUGCACAACACAGUAGACGACCACAUUCUCCACUCGGACAAGUCGAAGAAGUUCAGCUCGGUGCACUAUCGCUGCUGGCAACAACAGGCACUCACUAAAAAGUUGAAGAGUAUAAUCGAAAUAGCCGCAGACAUGAACAAAGACUGUCUCAAUCAGGACUACGGCAUAGAGACCGACUGGGAUACCUACCUCUUCAAAACGACCAUCGAAGCUUCCGCUCCAACCUACUGGAAUUUGUUGAAAGAGCGAUACUACGGAAUCCUGGACAAGGUGGAGAACAACGCGGAUGGUUAUUUGGACUCUAUUUGCGUGAUGGAGAAAAACUAUUAUAAUCCGGCAUUAGAUUGCAUUGAGACACCCAUCACUGAGUCGUUUUUGACAUACAAGAGUACAAAGUCGUUUGUGGAUGAAGUGGAAUCUUGUUGCAAAGGAGUGAAACUUCCGAUCUCGUCUUCAGACAAGGCGAAGGUCAAGAAGUGCCUGGAUGAGAAAUACAUGUACGAGCAGUUCUUCCCCCUCAGUGGCCUGUAUGCCCGAGGACUGAUGCGAGAGAACUUGGGUGUCAUGUGGGAGUGUGAGAACGAGCAAAUGUUUGAUAGGGGACUGGACUCUGGGUAUGAUAUGUUGACGAAUGCGGAGAAGGCCAAGUUCUACUCUCAUCAUGGCUACCCGGACGAUAUCGAGGACAGCAUGCGACUAGUGAGGACCAUGACACCCGAGUCAUACCACUUCUUCCUCAGAGGAUACACGAGCGGGAACGGUACUCUGCAAGGCGGUAACUAUGAAGAAGCAGCUUGCGAGGCGUGUGUGCUGGGAGAGAGACUGGCUAGUCAGGCCUACAUCUAUCCGGGACUAAUGUGUCCAGCACUGGUGGCAGAGGUGCUCUACAAGCCCAUCCAGUUCGAAUCCAUCUGUCCAGACAAACUCUUCUACAAGUUCCAGGUGGCCAACUACUGCUGCCUCGACAGAGCACUGGAACAGUACAACCUGGGACCCAACUUCGACCCAGAAACUUGCCCGGACAUGAAGCACGUCAAAGUGGAGUGUUUGCCGAAAACUGAGUAGUUAUAGUUAGUAACAGAUCUGUCAGUACAAGAAAACUGAACUGAAUGUUAUAUUUUGGUAAUUUCAAGUUAUGAUGAAUUUGAAUUAAAAAAAUUGCAUAGC